UUCAAAUGACGUCACAAUUAUGUUUAUGGAACGAACCGAGUGUAACGUGUGAUAAGUUGAUAAGAGCGUCGAAAAUAAUCCCUUCUAUAUGAUUUUGUAAUUCGUAUAUUGUUUCGUCGCGUUAAUGGUAUGGUUUAAUGAGCAAAUUAUGCUGUGAGAAGUGAGAAGUAUCAGUGUUGGUUCGGUAGCUGUACUCGAAUGGUUGUCCGUGUACCUGGUGCUGGUUCUCCGUCAUCUCUAAUCUAUUCAUCGAGUUAUGAUUCAUUGCGAACACGACGAUCAACAACAGUAUACAGUCCAGUAUUAACUUGAAAAUACGUGCGUUGCUAAUCGAAUCGAUAUUGCAGUGAGAAAUAAUUUAACGUGCAACAAUGUCCACUGCUGAGAAGAAACCAGUUAGAGUUUGGUGCGAUGGAUGCUUCGAUAUCGUACAUUUUGGACACGCGAAUGCUCUCAGACAAGCUAAAGCACUCGGUGACUACUUAGUCGUUGGAGUCCAUACAGAUGAAGAAAUCUCUAAACAUAAAGGACCUCCAGUUUUCAACGAACAAGAAAGAUACAAAAUGGUCAGAGGUAUAAAAUGGGUCGACGAAGUGGUAGAAGCAGCCCCUUAUGUAACGACAAUCGAAACCUUGGAUAAAUACAAUUGUGAUUUCUGUGUUCAUGGUGAUGAUAUUUCCAUCGGCGCUGACGGCGUUGACACGUAUCAUUUAGUCAAGAAAUGUGGAAGAUACAAAGAGAUAUCAAGAACAGCCGGCGUAUCAACGACCGACCUAGUCGGCAGGAUGUUGCUAAUGACCAGAGGUCAUUUUGGCCGAGGUGAUAAAGAAUACUUCGUCGAGAAAGAAGGCUCGUCGACGAUGGGAUUAGAUGCUCAAGCUCGCAGCCCUUACACCGGUUGUUCGCAAUUUUUACCCACUACUCAAAAAAUCAUUCAGUUCAGCGAAGGCAAAGAACCCAAACCUACAGAUAAAAUAGUCUACGUAGCCGGAGCUUUCGAUCUGUUCCAUGUAGGUCAUCUGGAUUUCUUAGAAAAAGCUCGAGCCGAAGGAGAUUUUUUAAUCGUCGGAUUGCACACUGAUCCCGAAGUAAACCGUUACAAAGGAUCGAAUUACCCCAUAAUGAAUUUACACGAAAGAGUAUUAAGCGUGUUGGCUUGCAAAUACGUUUCCGAAGUAGUAAUUGGUGCUCCUUACUCAGUUACGAUCGAAUUGAUGAAACAUUUCCGAGUCGAUCUGGUGUGUCAUGGUAUGACUAAAGUGGAUCCUGAUAAGGAUGGAUUUGAUCCGUACGCGGUACCUAAACGAAUAGGUAAAUUCAAAUUAGUCGAUUCGGCUAAUACGAUGACCACAGAGAAUAUUGUCGAAAGGAUUAUACGCAAUAGGCUCGAAUUCGAGGCAAGAAACAUCGCGAAAGAGCGUAAAGAAAUCGAACUCAUCAAGAAAUUAGAUCUAAAUGGAAGCAAUGGCGUUCAUCAGGAAGCUGAUCAAUAACAUCGUUAAAACGUCCAAAAGUUUUGUUUGUAAAGUAAUGAUAAUCUUAUCAAUGUUUCGUUUAUUUAUUUAUUUAUUCAUUUUUGUGGUAUUGAAUUACUAUCGUUAUCGUUACAUUCAUGUUUUACUUUUAUAAUUAUCCCAAUGUGUAAAUGUAUCCGUUCCCUUCCUUUUCAUCACAAAUGAUCAGGCCUACUUACAAUACGCAUUUAAUAAUUAUCUACUCAUUGCUUUUAUACUACGAUAUUUAUUUCAAUUUUUUCUUUUUUUAGAAAUUUUGUACUUACUGGAUGUAAGUGAUUUAAAAAAAAAAAAAUACACAAAUAUUUCUUAAGUUGUAUAGAAAUCGAAAAAUGUGAUUCAGUAUUUUCUUUUCUGGUGUUUUCAAACUGGCGAGCUCAUUGGACCCAAGAUACAACACUCUUAUAGUUGCUAAAACUCCUAAAAUUACGUUAAUAUGUAGUGUAUUGGUGGGUCUGGGUAUGAUUUUAGGGCUCACAUAUUGCUUAAUAAAGAGACCGGAUCUCGCAUUUAUUGUGCAUGUGCUCUAUGCCUAUUGUUGCCUUCUAUAGUUUUGACUUUUCAAAAAAUUGUGAUCAGAAUAAUUAUCUGCUUUUUCACACAUUCCUUUUGUUCAUCCUACAUAUCACAUUACCUAUGCCUACCUACAAUAACAGAUAAAGUUUAUAAUGAAUUUGUAAUUUUUUUGAGGGGGGUGGGGAUAAUUUAAUUAAGAUAUUUAGAGCUUGGAAGUACUGCUGGCUGUCGAGGUAAUCGAUUUGUACUUUCAUUUCAUCAUUUUAAGUAUUUUGUUACCAAUGUUUUACUUUAUUGUCAUGCUUAAUUUUACAUCUAGUCUUGUGAUAAGUAUGUAUUGCGAUGCAUGAUACAGUAUUCGAAAAUAGAAAAAUUGUUACUCUUGAAA